GUUACGGAUGAGGAGGCGGAGGCCCCAGGAGGAGCCGGGGCCUGGGCCGGGCCUCCCCGCCCUCUCGGAGGUGACCGCAUAAAAUGCCCGCCGGGAGCCCCGCGCUGGCCCCGCCCCGCUCCAAGAUGGCGUCGAUGCGGGAGAGCGACACCGGCCUGUGGCUGCACAACAAGCUGGGCUCCACGGACGAGCUGUGGGCGCCGCCGAGCAUCGCCUCGCUGCUCACGGCCUCGGUCAUCGAUAACAUCCGCCUCUGCUUCCACGGUCUCUCCUCGCCCGUCAAGCUCAAGCUGCUGCUGGGGAUGCUGCACCUGCCCCGGCGCGCCGUCGAUGAGAUGAAAGGUGCACUGACUGAAAUUAUCCAGCUUGCUACCUUGGAUCCAGACCCCUGGGUCUUAAUGGUGGCUGAUAUUUUAAAAUCCUUUCCAGAUAUUGGCUCCCUUAACCUUGAUCUGGAAGAGCAGAAUCCCAAUGUUCAGGAUAUUUUAGGAGAAUUGCGAGAAAAAGUGAGCGAAUGUGAAACAUCAGCCAUGUUACCAUUGGAAUGCCAGUAUUUAAAUAAAAAUGCCUUGACCACAUUGGCUGGGCCACUUAACCCUCCGGUGAAACACUUCCAACUGAAGCGGAAACCAAAAAGUGCCACUCUCCGAGCAGAACUUUUGCAGAAGUCUACUGAAACUGCACAACAGCUCAAGAAGACGGCUGGAGUGCCUUUCCAUGCAAAAGGGAGAGGAUUGGUUAAAAAACUCGAUACAACAACGCCACUCAAAGGAAUACCCAAACAAGCUCCAUUCAGGAAUCCCACUGCUCCGAGCGUGUUUAGCCCUGCCGGGAACAGGACUCCCAUCCCUCCCUCAAGGACUCCUUUGCGUAAAGAGAGGGGCGUAAAGUUACUGGACAUAAAAGAGCUGAAUAAGGUUGGUGCUGGCCGGGAAGCAAAAAGAAGAAGAAAGACCUUAGAUACAGAAGUGGUGGAAAAACAAGCAAAGGAGGAAACAAUAAUAGAAAAUGCUACUCCAGAUUAUGCAGCUGGGCUUGUGUCCACUCAGAAGCUGGCCUCGCUGAACAGCGACCCUGCCCUGGCCUCCACCAGCUACCUGCCCGCAGUACCCAGCGUUGUGCCGUCCUCCUCCUAUGUUCCCAGUUCGGAUGCACAGCCAGCCGGAUCUGCUUGGGAGACGCUGCAAGCCAAAGAAGAGCCCGCUGCACCCGCCACCACGGCCGUCCCCGCCCAGUUUAAGCAGAGGACCCCCAUGUACAACAGCAGCACCAAUGCGGCCGUGGCCGCCCCGGCCUCGCCCGCCGCUCCUCCGGCCAGCGCCCCCGCUGUGCAGGUGCCACCGGCGGCCCUCCCGCAGGCCCCGCCCAAGAAGAGCCUCAUCCUGACGAAGGAGCAAAUGUCUGCAGCACAAGAGAUGUUCAGGACAGCAAACAAAGUUACAAGGCCAGAGAAGGCUCUCAUUCUUGGAUUUAUGGCAGGCUCCAGAGAAAACCCUUGUCAAGACCAGGGUGACAUAAUCCAGAUCAAGCUAAGCGAGCACACGGAGCUGCUGCCCAAGGCCGACGGCACCGGAAGCACCACCAUGCUUGUCGACACGGUCUUCGAAAUGAACUACACCACAGGCCAGUGGACCAGGCUCAAGAAGUACAAGCCCAUCACCCACGUUUCCUAAGCACUGCCGUGCAGCGAGGAAGGGGGCUGGUGAGGUGGGCCCCACGGCAGGCCGGCUUGGACCUCGCCUGCCGACUCACCGAGCAGCAUUCCUGUGUGGGCUCUGCGGCCGCCGGCCAGCGUGGGGCUGCGAGCCGCCAAAGGGGUGGGGCGGGGCAGGGCAGGGCAGGGCAGGGGCUGCAGUCGCAGUAGCAGAGGGCGGCGGGAGGGUGCGGGGUGUGGACGUGCUGAGUGGCCACAGCCACGACUCCUGCCCGGAGAAGGGUUCACGUUCCAGUGCCUUGAGCGAGCGGUCGGGCAUCUGCGCGCUUGCCUGAAAACAGCCGUGGCUCUGCGUGCCGUUUCUCUCCCCGCUGUGGCUGCUGUGGGCGGUGUCCCGGCUCCCCCUGUGGCGGCUUUGCCAUUCACUGCGACAGCAUGAAGGCAUCCCCUCUCUGUAGAGCGACUUCCGGAUGCACGACCUAAAAGCUGCAUAGUGGCCGGGAACCACACAUGGCUUGUCCCGGUAACUCUGUGUGUGUACCGCGUUGUACCUGCGUCUGUCAUUUAAUGGGCUUUUACAUGUAUAUGCAAAGUAUAUAAGGCAGUCCAAAAACCGAAAGGUUACGGUUCUUUCUGGAUUGCACCAGAGUCCCAAAUGUCUUUGGUGUCAAGCAGGAAGGUUGGCCUGGGUUGCUCUGCUGCUAAAGAUUGUUCAGUCUGGCCCGUCCCAGUUCUUUUGCGUUCUCUGAAGCAGACGGCCUCAUGUUGGAACCAGACUUUGUGUUCAACUUGUACAUUUUGCAUCUACCAACCGACUUCUGGAAUAAUCCGAGGAUAGCAUCUUUUUGGAGCGUCAGUCUCCUGUCCGUGUUGGAAUGUCUUAACCAGGAGUCAAAAUGGCCCCGGGAGGCCGUCCCCCAGUGUUCCAGGGCUGGGUCAGCUGCCAUCGCAGGAGGACUGGUCAAGGAGUCACGUGCUUGAGCGGAACCUUCUCCCACGCUCAUCUGCAGAAGGUGUGCCAUUUGCAGCGUGCAAAGUAUGGCCAGGAGUGACCUGACCUGCAGCCUUGUGGGACUUGGCAGCCCUUCUGUGUGCAGUAGAGCUAAAGAGCCCCCCUUCUCAGUGGGGGGGGGGGGCUGCUUCUGUGCACGUGGAAACUGCCGUUCAAAGGCGUUGGGAGUGCGGUGUUGGAGAGUUCAGUAGCUUAUGCACAGGAAUAAUAGAAUGAACCACAUUUCGUUCUACUAUUUCUGGAAAGUGCGUAAGACAGUAGGAAGAGAAAUAUUCAAGCUGAAACUGAGGCAAAAAAUGAAGAUGGCUGUAGCAGCCAGGAAAACCGAUUCCUACCAAGGGGUACCUGGGCACUAAAUCGCUUGACCUCAUUUUGGUAUCUUCUGGUUAUCAAAUGGUGUGUGACAACUGCAGUCACCCUGGAGAAUUUAAAACCAGGAGAACAGAUCCUGUGCUGCAUUGCAUUCUGAUCCAAUUAAGUUCGGUGUCCCGGGUGGUUGAUCAGUGAAGCAGCACAUUGAGAGGCGUUGCGGGCCCGGAACCGGCUGCCUGGGGUCGGGGGGCGGCUGCUGUUACCAGCCAGAGGGCCCUUCUGCUUCUCUAUUCACUGCCUGUAACUUCUGCUCACCAACCAAACAACUAUUAAAAAGAACUAGCAAAGGUGUAGUUUCAGAAUGAUUGCCUUGUAAGACCACAUGUCUGCUUAAUGCUGAAGAUAGAAUAUGAAGUAGUAAUUUAAAACUUAAAGGAGAGGGUGUUGUUUUAGUUUUGUUCUUGCCAUCUUUUUGGUUUUACCGGUAGGUUUUAUGGGAUCUCAGGAUGGGCUAGUGUUUUAAUAUGCGAGGAUUUAAGAAAAUUGCUUUCUACGUCUUGAAAGAGCAAGUGUGAAAAAUGUGUAUGAGAUGUGGACUCUCACCUUAGUGUUCUAGCAUCUGUGAUGAUAGGCAGGGCGUGAUUUUUAAAUGUUCUCGUACCACUGGAGAGCCUGGAGGAAUGUUGUCCAUUGGGUCACGAUGGGUCGGGCACGACUCUGCGAAGAACGCAAGAACUGCUAGAGGUGUCAUUGUUUUAAAAUGGUUAAAAAGAACUGUUUUGUUGACCAGUUCUGACCCCGUUAAACUUAAUGGAAAAUCUUUAUUAGAAACUUGGCUUAGAAUACAAAGUUAGUGGUUAUCAUUUUCCUUAACGUGAUUGAGAAAAUUAAAAUGAUAUAGAUCAGUAGAUAAAAAUCCUUCAUUCCACUAUCCUUACAUGCAGGUAGUGUUGACCAGGUGGUCCAUCAAAAGGGGAGAGAGCAAGUAUUUGAAUACCUGUGUGAAUAUUUUGCAAAGUACUCAUUUUAAUUUACUGAAGGCAUUUAUGACGGAGCAGCUUCACUAUGGCAUGUAGAACGUCACACGUGUGUGUACAUUAGCAUAGGCAUAUGUGUGGAUGAUGGACCAAAGCAUGUAACAGAUUAGAGUGCUUGCAAUACACACGCAAGCCAGCCAACAUUGCAGAGUUUUGCAUCUCUCUCACUUCAAAGGGAGAAGGGCUAGAACUGAAACGACUUGUAAUUGCAUCAGCUUCACGUCUAAAACCACAGUCGUCAAGUACUGAUACGGCUUUGUAAAGAUGAAACUUGCAUCUGCGGAAACCAAGGAGGUUACAAUUGCACAUUUUGUGGUUGAAAGUUGCCAUUCCAUGAUCGCGAUAUGUUGAAAUUACAGGUGCAUGUGUUUUUCAGAGCUGGAACCCAGUAAUGUUAAAAGAAUUGCAUGACAUUUCCCACAUCUUUGGUGUGCAGCUGAAGAGAGGAGGAGAAUUUUUCCUGUGUUCAAGGGGGAGGGAGAGAAACAAGUCCUUCCAAAGGGAGGAUACAGAUAGACAGGCUGCCAUGCAAGCUGAGGCGAGGACAAGCCAGCCUUUCCCAUCAGAAAAGCACCGUUGCGAGCUUCCUCCUGCUGCUUUGCCCUGGGCCUGCAUCGGAUGACUGGCCACCUCAAAAUGGCUGCAGCAACAGUCUGAGUAUUUUUUCCAAGAAGGAAUUUUCUUUCAGAUUCUGAUUCCAUUUAUCCAUAGUUGGUAUCAGUCAUUCAAGAAUGCUGACCAGGCUUUUUAACAGACACCUAUUUCUAAAAGCUAACCAAAAUUGCACAAGUGUCACUUCACUCGGGCCAGUCACGAUGGCCCUGCAGGGCCUGGCAGCAUUCCGUUCCCCGUGAAUCAUGCUGCAUUGAUGCUUGGCAAAUUUAGCAAAGGUACUCGAAUGCUACAGCUCCAAUUGUAUUGUGGAGCGAUUGGAUGGAGGGGGAAGGGCAGAGACCUAUUUUAAGCCUGCUAGGAAUCUGAAACCUUUUUAUCAAGCAAUGUUGUUUUGUAAAAUGUUGCGUAUCUAGAAUAGCCAGUCCAUGUUUUCUAUCUUUCCUUUUUGUACAGAUGUAAAUUCAAAACCUCAUGUUCUUGAGUACAUAUUUUCAGCAUAAUACAGUAUGUAUAAUAAAAUUCAGAUUUUUCUAAAGAAAA